CGAACAGUCAGACGGAGAUGGAGGAGAGAAAGAAAAGGCUCUCAGAAAGACAGACGGCAAUGGAAGGACAUCCUGGCCUGGACGGAGCUGCCCAGAGAUAAAUCCAGCAGGGAGAGGCCCAGAAAGACCAAGGCUCUGCUCAUCUGCUGUUAUCUUGGACACCAGAGCAGGUAAGAGACCCCAGGACCUCAAGUAAGCCUGUCCAAUCGAUGUGUAGGCUGCCUCCACCUCCACCUGACCACAGACCUAUGCUUCUCUGCCCAUACUAGCCCCAGCAAUGCUGAAAUCCUAGCUCCAUCCUCAAUAACAGACUUGAGAGUGCUGCUCCAAAGCUCUCAUCUUCAAGUCCUAACCCCUCCACUCUGCAGAGCCCAGACCUCCAGACCCUGAGGACUCGGAGGUCCCAAUUCCUUUCUAACUCAGGAACCAAGAGCUCAAGGCCUCUUAUCUCCUUUCACCCCUGUUAUCCAGCCCCUAGACCUUGCUCCCUCAAAAUUCUAGGCAUCUGAACUACCAGCCUUCUCCUCCCUACAGAACCAGGAGCCAGGAACCUCAGCCCCCUCACCCUGCAAGACCCAGGAAUCUGAACCCCCAGCAACUUUCUUAACCCAGAACCCAAACGUCUCCCUCCUCCCUCAAAUCCAUGAGUCCAGCCCUCAGCCCUUAGUAGCCUCCUGUAGUGUAAACAACUGCUGAGUCGAGGUGUCCCGGGGGACCUCGGAGAGGAAGGAGAUCCCACGUCCCCUCUAAGGCCUGACACCCUCCAAAGUCGAAGUCGAGGAGAUCUGGGAGCCUGGAGAGGUAUCGUUCUUUCCCAAUUUUUCUAGGACCCCUCGAUGAAACAGAUAAGGAGAUUAACUACGACUCCCAAGAAGCCCCGCGCCUCAGUCUCCCUUGGCUACCGCGGCCACCGCCCCACAGCCUCCAAGGGACUUGCGAUUGGGUUCUCCUCCCAUCCCUGGCGCCAAACUGGGCCCCGGUCGGACGCGGUCCACCUGCGGGCCAGUGGGCGUGACCUCCAGGAGUGGGCGGGGCUCCUGGGAGCCUUCGGCCUUAACCCCUUCCUUCCCGCUCCCCCUCGCAGCUAUAGGUAUCUCCCAGAGCUAUGAAAUCGUUCAGCCGGAUCCUCUUCCUCGUCUUCCUCCUCGCCGGCCUGAGGUCCAAGGCCGCUCCCUCAGCCCCUCCGCCUUUGCGCUCUGGCUUUCCGGACUUGGCCCACCCCUCUGAGACCUCCCCUCCGAAGAGUCCUUCUGAAAAUCCCACACGAGAUCGCCUUAACCCAGAAUUUCCUGGGACUCCUUACUCUGAACCUUUCAAGCCACCUCAUACAGUUUCCCUGGAAACCUUCCCACUUGGCUUCACUGAGACCCCCAACCCUGACCGCCGGGAAACCCCGCACCCACAGUCUCCUGAAACGCCCAAAGCUGACUCACUCACAGCGUCAAUAUCAGAAUCCCUGGAUAUCCCCAAAACCAACCUCUCCAAAAUGACACACCUAGAUUCUUCUGAGACCCCCACUCCUGGCCCAACGGAAAUACCACGCCCAGGGUCCCCUGAGACCCCCAAACCUAACUUCUCCAAACCUUCACGCCCAGAAUUUCCUGAGACCCCAAACACUGACCUUAUGCAAACUGUACCCCAAGAAUCCCCAGAAAUUCCCCAACUUAAUGCAACUGAAAUCUCACAGGCAGAAAUCUCUGAGACCUCAAACACUGGCCCUACCAAGACCCCUGACCCCAAAUCUCCGGAAACCCAUGACCUCAACUCCACUGAGUCCCCAAACUCUGAAUUUCUGCAAGCUCUCCAUCCUGACCCUUCUAAAAGCCCCCACCCAGAAUCCCAUGUAACCCACAAUCCCAGCCCCACCGAAAUUUCCCAAACAGAAUUCCCCACAACCUACUACCAAAAUGCAACAGAUGUCCCCAGGACCUCCGACCCUCAAAUCUCCACUAGUCUCUACCCAGAAACACCUGCGCCCUUCAAGGAUGAAGCCACUGCUCUAAAUGAGCUGUCGCUGAAUCCCAAACCAGAAAGCCCUGCAGCCAUCCAGCCCGACUCCCCAAAAUUACCCACUUCAGAUUCUCCAGGAAUGGUUGAGCUGAAGGACCCCCAGCACUCUGGCCCUAAGGAGUCCAACGCGCCUCCUCCCUCAGCCCGGAUUGUAGGUCCCCCUGCUCUUCCAGGGCCCCCCAAUCAGUUGGCCCCUGCCACUCUGCGGGCACCCCAGAGGCACAGCCCAGGUGAAGGAGUCAACACUAUCAUCGUGGUGGAGAGAGUGAAGGAGACCGGCGUGACUCUGGUGGGGCGACCACAUGGAGCAGCAGGCGGGGCCCUCUGCCUGUUCCUCGCGGGAACCGCGCUGCUGAUAGGCAUCUUUGUGCUGCUGUGGUGUCUCCACCGCCGGGCAGCUCGACACCGGCCCUUCGCACAUCACCGGCUUCCGGACGACGGAGAUGAACCAGUUCUGCAUUUGGACGCCCCGAAAGACCCCUACGACCUCUACUUUUAUGCACCGGAUACCUGGGUCCCUUCCCACAUCGCCACCAAGCAGCCCCCGCCCACACCUCCGCUGCCACCAAAGCUGCCCCCGCCGCCCCGCGUGGGUCGCCCGCAGUGUCUGGAGGCCUUAUCCCCAACCACGCUCCCCAACAACUUCGUGUAAGCCCCACCGAGUCCUGCCGGACCUGCACAUCCCCGCAGUGAGGGAAAACCCUGCUCUCCUGGCAUGCUUAGCUACCCAGUAGUCCUCUAGAUAAAGGGUCUAAUAUACA